AUGGGCAGGGAUGCAAACAACCACAUAUUCCCUAUUGCAUGGGCUGUGGUGGCAGUAGAAAAUAAAGAAACAUGGAAGUGGUUUCUUGACCUCCUACUGGAUGACAUUGAAAUGAGAAUUGGUCAUGGAUUGACCCUCAUAUCAGACCAACACAAGGGAUUGGUAGACGCUGUCAAAGAAAGAGUUCCAGUAGCAGAGCAUAGACAAUGUGUUAGGCACAUAUAUGCUAACUUCAAGAAAAGAUUCAAAGGUGAACAAUAUAUGAAGUUGUUUUGGGCAGCUGCUGCUAGUACUACUCAACCUAAAUUUGAGGCAGAAAUGAAUUUCAUAAAAAAAAUUGACCCUUUAGGUUAUGAACACCUCAUGGAAAGGGACCCUAAAAGUUGGAAGAGACCAUUCCUCACCAUGUUGGAAGAGAUUCGGAUUUAUGCAAUAGAGAGGAUGUAUAGAAUGCUACUAGAGGGAAAAAGUUGGGGUAAUUUAAAAAUAUGCCCAUCUAUAAGAUUAAAGAUAUCAAAGCUAAAGAAACAUCAAAGAUUAAUAGAACUUGUUAUUUUUAUGGACAAAUUUUGGGGAGUUAUACCUUCUGAGGUACAAAAAUAUGAGGUUAGGAUUGGAAAUGAUGGAUAUGUUAUGGACCUUACCAACAACACAUGUGGAUAUAGAUCUUGGCAAGUAUCAGGUAUCCCAUGUGUGCAUGAAGUGGCAUCCAUUUCAUACCUCAACAAGAAUGCAGAGGAUUAUGUUGCACCAUGGUUCCAUACAACCAUGUUCUUGACUUGUUACAACCAUACCAUUAAUCCACUUAAUGGUAGUUCCAUGCGGCCUGAAGCUCCCUACAUGAAGCCAUUGCCUCCUAAAAAAAAAGGGUUACCAGGAAGGUCAACCCUUAAAAGGAAAAUGGAUCAAUCUGAGAGGGAAAGCAAGAGGAAAACAAAACAUACUAUCUCAAAAGCAGGUAAAGUGGAACCAGUUCAAGUGGAUCCAAUUCAAGUAGAUCCAAUUCAAGUGGAUCCAGUUCAAGUAAAUCCAGCUCCACAUGUUGCACUAAUUGAUGAUCCAGCUCCACAUGUUGAACCAGUAGAUGAUCCAGCUCCACAUGUUGAACCAAUUCAAGUAGAUGAUCCACAUCCAAAUGUUGAUACCCAAGUAGAUGAUCUUAUUAAUGAUGUCCCUGCUCAACCAGUUUCAAUUAGGCAGAGGAUACGAAAAUAA